UAGUAGUAGUAAUAAUGUUUGGUACAACGCGGAUGAGUUGUUGUUACUACUCUCUUUUCCCAAAAUUAGUAGAAACUCAAUUUACAAAAACUCAAUAAAAUCAAAUCGACGAUCUGAAAUAUACGAUUUAGCAGAAUGCAAUCGAAAGUCGCCGUUGUUCUCUCCUUCCCCUUUGACGCUGUCGCCGGCGUUCCAACAGCGUACGAAGCAAUCCAAGCCUACGGUUUUCCCUAUCGGUAUACUCCCAAUAGGGGUAACACACUAUGAUCUGGACGAGACCACCGGCAAAUUCAACGCCUAUAUGAACGCUUCUUGCAGUUUCUCUUUGGAAGGCUCGUAUCAGCUCAAGUACAGCUCUGUGAUCAGCGGUUACAUACGUCAAAAUAAGUUGACUGAUUUAUCUGGUGUUAAAGUCAAAGUGCUGUUUAUCUGGUUGAGUAUUGUGGAGGUCACCAGAAACGCCGACAAGCUCCAAUUGGAAUUGCAUCUGCUGAUUUUGGGAUUCAUAAUUUCUUUAUAUGCCCGCAAUGUGGCUGUGGAUUGGAUUGCAAUGCUUUGGAUGGGGAAAACCUUCCUCUUGUUUCUUCGAUUUAAACCGAGGUUUCUAUUGGAAAAAGAUCCCCCGAUUCGACGUUGGCAUCUCCGUCAUGUGUCAGUCCUGUAUUUCAUUUUGUUUACUAAGAAAAUGAAAUAUGAUAUUGGAGCAUGUAAGUGGAUCAAAAAUUUGAUGGGUUGCCUCUCCGGACACAUUGUGUAUUUGAUUUCCACUUUACGUCUAUAAAAUUGAAUUGAUGUGUUAUAA